AUGAUAACGGACACCGCCGGCAAUCCUAUCUUGACCACUCUAACAACGACCAUUACGUCGGUCGAGCCGGUGGUUACCUCUCAAGAAACAGCAUCAGAAAUUUUCACUACGGACCCGACCACCACGAGCAUGAUCACUAUCAGUUCAGAAACCAUACUUAGAGCCUCCGAGACGACGGACGCUGCUGGUCAACUUUCGCUGACCACACUCACCACAGCUAUCAUCUGUCAUUAG